AAACUCAGUAGAAUGCGAACGCUUAAAGCAAAAACAUCGAUUAAAUUAAAAUGUUCAAUAUAUCGGUUCCUAUUGCUUACUGUUAUCUUAGGAAUAAUAAUAUUGAUUGGUUUUAAUAUUUAUUUGAAUCUCUCAAGUCAUUACAAUAUUAAAAUCCCAAAAGGUUUAAAUGUCAAAAUUAAAUCUUUAAAAAAGUGUCGAGAUUGGCAUAAUUAUGAGCAAAUUUAUAAAGACAUGAGACGACAAGGUUUUGGAGAAAAUGGAGAUGCUGUCACUUUAACUGACAAAGCUGAAAUUGAACUAAAUAAUAAACUUUUAAAAGAAACCGGUUUUGCAACUGUCGUUUCUGAUAAAAUCAGUGUAAAUCGUUCAAUAAAGGACACAAGACAUCCAGAUUGUCAAAAUUAUGUCUACCCCAGUCAGCUCCCGAGUGUAUCGAUCAUAAUUAUAUUUUAUAAUGAAGUGUUUAGCGUUUUAAAAAGGACAUUACACUCAAUUGUUAAUCGAACUCCUGCAGAAUUAUUACACGAAAUUAUUUUAGUCAACGACUUAAGCUCAAAUAAAGAACUUUAUGAUCCACUGCAGAAAUACAUCGAUGAUAACUUUCCAACAACGACAAUUCGAAUUAAGAACUUGAAAGAACGAAAAGGGUUAAUUGUGACUAGAUUGGAGGGUGCUGAAAUUGCAACUGGGGAAGUUUUAGUAUUUUUUGAUUCUCAUACAGAAGUUAACAUUAAUUGGCUCCCGCCUUUAUUAGCACCAAUAAAGGCAAAUAGAAGGCUUGCAACAAAUCCGACAAUUGACUUUUUCUCCCCUGAAACAUUCAAGGUUGAUGGAGCGUCUUUUUAUAGUGAUCGAGGAGGUUUCGAUUGGAAUUUGAUUUAUCAUCAAUUUAUCAGAAAAGUGCCGGAUGACAUUAACAAACUGAAACCAUAUCCGAAUCCAAUUGUUCUUGGAUGUGCAUUUGCGAUUGAUAGAAAAUUUUUCAUGGAAGAACUUGACGGAUAUGACAGAGAUUUUAGGAUUUGGAAUGCUGAAAAUUAUGAAUUCAGUCUUAAAUUAUGGCUUUGUGCUGACGGUCUUUAUGAAGUUCCUUGUAGUCGCAUAACUCACACGUUUCGUGGACAUAAUCCUUCAAGAGCUAAUAUUCCAUACGACUAUUUAGGGAGAAACUUUAAACGACUAGUCGAAGUCUGGUUUGAUGACUAUAAAGACGUUGUUUACGACAGAGAUCGAGAAAGAUAUGACAAAAUUGAUCCUGGUGAUUUGACGCAUGUAAAAGCAGUUCGAAAACGAUUGAAGUGCAAAAACUUUAAAUAUUUUCUAGACUAUGUAAUACCAGAAAUGACAAUGAGAUAUCCUAUCAAUCAAUCGGUUCCUGUUUUUGCAUCUGGUCAAAUUAAAUCAUUGAAAAAUGAAUCGUUUUGUGUUGAUUUUGAUCGAGGUCAAAAUGAUAAAACAGCAAGACUCAAAAAGUGCUUAAAGAGUGCAGAUAUCAAUUCUUCUCAAUACUUUCGAUUAGGCUUUUACAAAAAUAUAAUUUUUGGAUUUUCUGAAGACUGUCUUGACCGAUUUAAUAUGAACUUUAUGGGAUGUCAUUAUAGUCUUACUGGAAAUCAGUAUUGGAGUUAUUACAGAGAAUAUAACAUGAUUAAUAGUGGAUCAGAUGAGGGUAGAGAAUGCAUAACUGCAGAUUUUAAAAAUUCUAAGCUUGUAAUGAAGCAUUGCAAUAUAGACGAUCAAAAUCAGAGAUGGAAAUUUACUUAUGAAAAUGUCACAGCUUUGAAUGAUUGGAAAAACAUUUACGGAUAUGAAAAAUUCUUUUAUGGGGAAAAAGGAAUGAAUUACAGCUCAAUGUUGCCAUUAAAAUAUGAUGAAGAAUGUCCAAUAAAAUAAAAAAAAUGUUUUGAGUUUAAUUUAUCGUAAAUGAUUUU